AUGAUGGAAUCAGUCGCCACCGCCACUACCAUUGCCUGUGAGAUUGCACGCCUGCCAGUGGACCUCAUCUCGGCGUUGAUUGCCCGUACUGGGCCACGGGACGCCUGCCGCGCUGCGGUUGUCUCACCGACCUUCCACACUGCAGCGGACUCUGACAUUGUCUGGAACUCCUUCCUACCGUCCAACCUCCCACUGUCGGCCCUUGGGGAGCUCUCUCCACUGGCACCGUCCAAGAAGGCAUUGUUCAUGCAGCUCUUCGAUGGCCCAGUCCUCCUUGCCGAUGGCCUCACAAGCAUCUGGCUGGACAAGGAAACCGGCGCCAUGUGCUACAUGCUGUCUGCAAGGAAGCUAAACAUUGAUUGGAGCGAGGUCCCUAUCGCUGGCUAUGGCUGGAUCCCUAUCAACUAUCGCUGGAUCCCAAUCACUGGCUCUAGGAUAUUCUCGGAUGCUGCCAAGUGCUGGAGUGGCCUUCGGAUGGAAAUACAUGGCAAGAUCAACAGUAGCAUGCUGUCCAAGCACACAACAUAUACUGCUUACAUUGUGCUGGGGGUAGAUGACGGGUGCUGCUGUUUUGGUUCAUGCCAGAAGACGCCUGUCACUAUCAGCCUCGGAGGACGCAUGUCGACGCGCGACGUUCUCCUGGAUAGCCACGACCUCGAGCAUCUGCAUUCAUGGCAGAUGAGGCGUGGUGGUAUUUCCAGAGCGUGUGGUGCACUCCUUGGUUAUCCAAGGUUCUCUAGCCAAAGGGCUGAUGGGUGGAUGGAGCUGGAGUUGGGUGACUUCCACAGUGGUGAAGGUGACGACGGCGAGGUAUCCAUCAGUCUUGUGGACACAUCAUUCAGGAGAAGUGGUCUCAUUGUCCUGGGCAUAGAGAUCAUUGCUAAGGGGCAAGAGGCUUGA